AUGAUUUCUAGAAAAGCUACUUAAUAAUCCCAAUAGAAUGGCGUUGAUGAGAAGGAUAAAAGACUACUGAAUAAGUAAUCUUCUUUUUUUAAAUCCUUUACAUCUUCAAAGAAAGGAGGCAAGGAUGGUGAGGAGUUUCAAUUUUUCAUUCGAAGUUAGGAUUGUGCAUUUCAUACAAUACUGUACAUGCUUGUCAAUUUUUAAAAAGCAGAUGAAGAUUCUAAAAAAAAGAGCUUUUCAUUAUUAAGUAAUUCUAAGCCAAUCAUGAAUAUGGAAUCAUAUAGGGACCUAAGUGAACUGAGACCAGAGCUCAUAUAUUUUUUUACCGUUAUUUCCGUGAGGGAUUUACAUGAUUUUUAUGUCGAUUUUUAUGCAUCAUUUGAUAAGAAUAGAAAUUUCAGUUUGGAGAAGAAAGAGCUUCAAAAAAAUGUUAUUUACAAUGUUGGAGCUUAUUGGACAUAGGAAAUUUAAGGUUUUUAGUGA